AUGAGGAAAGACAUUGAGACAGGGAAGCUGGAGUGGAAGAUAAAUGCGGGAGACGGGACAUCAGAGAGACUAGUUCCUGAAAGUUGGGGACUGAACGGAAGAGCUGCUGUCUGGUUAAAGGGACUGGUGAAGAGAAUGGUGGUAUCUAUGGAGAAAGCAUGGAGGAUUGGAGCAGAAGAGCCGAGGAAAGUGGUUCACUGUCUGAAAGUGGGACUGGCACUUUCACUUGUCUCCGUCUUCUAUUACAUGAGACCUUUGUAUGAAGGUGUUGGAGGGAACUCCCUGUGGAUUGUUAUGACCGUUGUCGUUGUCUUCGAGCCCAAUGUCGCUUCCAUGGCUACCUUCUCCCGGUUCGUGCCAUCGUUCAAAGCAAGGUUUGACUAUGGCGCCAUGAUCUUCAUCCUGACAUUCAGCCUGGUCUCAGUGUCGGGUUAUCGGGUUGAUAAACUCGUUGCGUUGGCUCAGCAGAGAGUGUCCACCAUCGCCAUUGGAACAUCGAUCUGCAUUGUCAUAAGCAUCUUCUUCUGUCCCGUUUGGGCAGGAGUUCAGCUUCACCGUCUCCUCCAGCAUAACCUGGAAAAACUCGCCCAUUCCCUGGACGGAUGUGUUGCAGAGUUCUUCAAGGAGAAAGAAGCUUUAACUCAGAAAGAAGGUGAAGAAGAAACAAACAAAAAAAUGCUAGGGUUUAAAUGCGUGCUCAACUCUAAGGGACCUGAAGAAUCCAUGGCGAAUCUCGCUAGAUGGGAACCGGGUCAUGGAAGCUUCAACUUCUGGCAUCCAUGGAAGCAAUACCUGAAAACAGGGGCAGCCAUGCGCAGAUGUGCAUAUUGCCUUGAGAAUCUCACUAUCUGCAUCAUCUCAGAAACAGAGGUACCAGAUCGGCUCAAGAAUCAUCUCAGAGAAGGCUGUACCAAAGUCGGGUCAGCUUCUUCGAAGAUUUUGAGAGAGUUAGCCACAAUGAUGAAGAAAACGAGAAAAUCAUCCAAUAUGGAUUUCCAGUUGUUUCAGUUGAACUCUGCAGUACAAGAACUUCAAGAAACCUUAAAAACGGUGAAAAACCAAACCGACAUGCCUGAAGAAGAUCCAGCUCAGGACAAAGGAGGAGGUGAAAGCAGAAUUGUGUCAAUAAGCCUACAUGAAGUUCUUCCACUAGCCACUAUGGUGUCUCUGCUAAUCGAAAACGCAACAAGAAUCCAAGAAAUCGUCAAAGAAGUCGAAGAGUUGGCAAAUCUAGCAUGCUUUAAGCGGGAUUCCAAAAAGAAAGCUGCUGGACCAAAGCUAAACAACCAACCAUAA